AUGGCUGACUCUUCCCGGGACGCCCUUCGCCGCUGUCAGAGUGGUCUCUGGGGUCUGAUCAACAAUGCGGGUGUCACUGGAGUGCUGGCUCCCACCGACUGGCUGACUGUGGAGGACUACAGAGAACCCAUCGAAGUGAACCUGUUUGGACUCAUCAAUGUGACGCUGCAUAUGCUUCCCUUGGUCAAAAAAGCUCAAGGGAGGAUUGUCAAUGUCUCCAGUAUUGGGGGUCGACUUGCAUUCAGUGGAGGAGGUUAUAGUCCGUCUAAGUACGCCGUGGAAGGGUUCAAUGACAGUUUAAGACGAGACAUGAGAGCAUUCGGUGUGCAUGUCGCCUGCAUCGAACCAGGGUUGUUCAGAACGGGCCUGUCAGAUCCAAUGAAGGCCAACGAGAAAAAGUGCACCAUUUGGAACCAUCUGUCUCCAGACAUCAAGCAGCAGUAUGGAGAAGGUUAUAUUGAAAAAAGUCUGGAAAAACUGAAGCGCUCGGCCUCCUUCGUGAAUCUGGAUCUCUCCCUGGUGGUAGAGUGCAUGGACCACGCUUUAACCAGUCUCUUCCCUAAGACCCGUUACACGCCUGGCAAAGAUGCCCAAACGUUCUGGAUACCUCUGUCUCACAUGCCAGCCGUUUUGCAAGACUUUUUAUUGUUGAGACAGAAAGUGCAGCUGGCUAAUCCCAAAAUGGUGUGA